CGAAAGGAUGGCUUUACCAUGUGGAGAAGUUAACCGACAGUUGUUUCCCGUCAAACUGAUGUACUUCUUCUUUUUUGCGGGACAGGGUGCCAUUCUUCCCUUCAUCCCGGUAUACAUGCGUCAACUGGGACUGUCCGCGACAGAGACGGGUAUCAUCUACGGGGUCAUGCCCUUCGUCGCCUUCUUCGUGCGGCCCCUUAUUGGGGUUCUUUCUGACAAGAUACAGAACCAUAAGGCUGUGCUUAUCGUAUGUGUGUUACUAACUGGAGUAUUGUAUAAUCUUCUACUUUUGACGCCAACAAAGCAAACGCACGACAAUUCUGCCCUUGCAAUAACGGUCCAUAUGCAGUGUUCACAUGAUGAUUCUUUUAUCAGGGAUUGCAUGGUCGCUCAUGGUGGUUGUGAGAUUGGUUUAAAACAAGCUCUAGAUGCCACUAAUCUUACUGAAAUUUCGAAAACAUGUGUGUUUCAGUGUUCUGUAGAAAGAGACUCGAUAAAGGCAGGCAGCACGUGCUUUACAGCCGAUAUUGGGACGUUGAGUGGCGUAACUUGUGGAAGUGUUUUGAAUAUAGGUGAUGACUUCAUGUUUCAAAGUGACGUUAAGGGUAUACUCGCAAAUGAAAUUCAGAUGGGAAAUAGCUCGUAUAGAAGCCACGCAUGCACAGAUUAUGAUCUCAAGAAUCUGACAUUUAACGGCACAAAUUACUGGCAACUUCUAUGUGAAUCCGAAACUCUGUUUAACUGCAAAUUACACUGUACGCCAGAAAUCAGCCAGAAAUGUAUGAGCACUAUUGUCAGUGAUGACAAACUAAGCGAGACAUUUUGGAUCUUUUUUAUUAUAUAUUUGUUUUGCAGCAUAGCGAUAUCCCCUGUGACAAAUCUUAUCGACGCUAUAGCGUACGAUAUUCUAAGUGAUAAACGCAGAUCAUGGGGCCGUCAACGCCUCUGGGGGACAAUAGGCUAUUUCAUAUUUGCCGUUGCUUCAACGUUUGUUAUGGACGCUAUCAGCCAAAACACCAACAGCGUUGACUAUUCAGUUUCAUUCUACAUUUUCCUGGCCCUAUUAGUAAGUUCGUGCGUAGUCGGAUACUUCUUAAAGCUAUCGGAAAACAUCCACUGUGGACAAUUAUUCAAAAACAUCCUAGGGUUGUUAAAAUAUCCCAAAGUCGUUGUGUUCCUGAUAGCUAUGGCAUGUUACGGUAUCAUGAACGGUGUUAUCGAAGCGUUUCUAUUCUGGUAUCUCAUAAUGUUAGGCGCUUCUCAAAAAAUCCUAGGACUCUGCUUAGUAUUCCAAUGUGUGCCGGAAAUAAUCAUGCUGCAAUUCGCCGGCAAAAUAAUCAAGCGUAUCGGUCACAUGUCUUGUCUGCACAUCGCCUGUUUUGGCUACGCCAUCCGUUUCUUCUGCUACUCCAUAAUCCCGGGGCCGUGGUACGUACUUCCGGUUGAGCUACUACACUGCCUGACGUGUGCACUCAUGUACGCCGCCGCCUCCUCCUUCGUCAGCGAGAUCUCACCGGAAGGGAUGUCCGCCACCGCCCAGGGACUCGUCGGCGGGCUAUACUUCGGAUUCGGCAAGGGUAUCGGAAGUUUGGUGACGGGGCAGUUGUUUGACGCCGGAACGGGCCUUGGGCCGGUGUUGACAUUCCGGAUUUAUGGGGGUUUUGCCAUCACUGUCCUGCUGGUGUACGGGGCCGUCCAUUUCGCCUUCUUCCGGGUCGCCACUUCCGACAAGGAGACUGCGUCAUACAGACAGGCUGGAAAAGAGAAGAGUGCUAAAGGCGCAGCGGAGAAGCUAUUAUGCGCAGGGGACGGAGCAGCCGUAGAGAUGCGGGAUCGGACUAAGCCCUGCUGA